UGUUCUGUCGUAAACUGUCGUUUUGUUUUUCAAGUAAAAGUCGAAACAAAUUCAAUAAAAAAAAUUCUAUACUAAAUUAGACAUAAUCGUGCAAAUAAAAGUUUGAAUUUGAAUUUGUGAUCUUAGUCCAAAAGUUGUUUUUGAUUUAGCCAUGUGCGUUCAAAUGAAAACAAUAAAGUUCUCAUAAAAUAUGAUGAUACGAAUUGCAUCGAAUUUAAAUUAUUCUAAACCAAACAAAACCAUCUGUUUACUAGUGAUACAAUAAUUGGGAGAAUUCAUAAUAUUCGCAAUCAAAUUUUAAGUUGUUAUAUUAUGUAAAUAGUUUUAUUUAUUGAAAGCAAUAAUGUAAAUGGUUAGUCCAAGAAAGUCAAGGUCUUGCAAACUAUUUUGGUUUUCUCUAGUGAAGAAGAAGCAGUACAACUAGGUAUUUUGAUAAAAUAAAUUUCUUCGUGAUCUUCCUGCCAUUAAAUUUUAUUGACAUCAUUGGAAGUGGUUUUCAUUGAGGAUAAAUAGGAUGCACAUCCUUCAAGGGAGAAAUGAUUGGAUAUUUGAAAGGCAUCUGUUAAUCUCAUAAAAUUGUAAAGUAUAAACAAAAAUAAUAAUAACUUAGAAGCUAUUAUAAAAUAAAAACAUGGAAUCUGAAGAUGACAAUCAGCCUUUGAUAACUGAGGAUGUAAGAUUCUCCCAGGAAGCUUUGUUUUCUAAAUUCUUGGUACAAAGGAUUAAUACAGACCCUGACUUUGAACAGGUAGUGUAUGGCUACCAUAAAAGCCGAUGGCGGACGAUCCUCGUGUACAUCCUAUCGACCAUCAGCUGUGGCCUGCCAUUUCUGGUCUUCCAUUGGCUCCCCACCUGGUUACUUUAUGCUACAUCAGUGAGGUGCUGCUUCCAGGUGGCCGAUCAAGUGUUAGUGGUUGAGACAUAUCAGAAAAAAUACAAGAGUUUCUACAUACAUAGGAUAUUGAACAAAAACAUAGCAGACAUAAGUGGUUUAUUUAAUGAAGGAUUUCAAGAUGAUGUUGGCAGUAAAGAGCAAACUGUUGAAAGCGCAGACGCCAUACAUACUCCCAUACAUUUGGAUGAUGGAUCCACACUCGACGUUCAAAAUUACCGAUAUUUUCGGCACAAGAAACAAACUCUCAUCUGGGAUGGCGUGCGCUCUAUGUGGUCACGCCUGGCUGGCAUUGAGACUGGAGUCACGUGCGCCCAACUACAGGCCAUGGGCGCCAGGGCACCGUCAAGUGAGAGACGAGUGCGGAUGUUAAAUAUCUACGGCCUGAACGAGAUCAAAGUCCCAGUUCAAUCCAUCUUGACUCUGAUUCUGCUGGAAGUAUUCAACCCGUUCUACGUGUUCCAACUCUUCACCAUAGCUGUGUGGCUGGCGGAGCCCUACUACUACUAUUGUAUAGCCGUGGUUCUCAUGUCUACGUUCGGUGUGGCCACGUCUGUUAUACAGACUAAGAAGAACCAGCACAGCCUGAAAGCGACAGUGGAGGCCCACGACACGGUGGAGCUGUGGGACGGGCGCGCCGCGGACAGCCGCGCCGUGGCGCCCGGGGACGUGGUGGUGCUCCCCCCGCGGGGCUGCUUGCUGCACUUCGACGCCGCGCUGCUGACCGGUGCCGCCGUCGCCAAUGAGAGCAUGCUGACAGGGGAAUCGGUCCCUGUAACGAAGACUGCACUGCUCCGCGUAGACAAACCAUUCGACAUGAAGGAGCACGCCUCCAGCCUGCUAUUCUGCGGCACCAGGGUCAUCCAGACCAGAUACUACGACAACGAGCCCGUCAAGGCAUUAGUUCUAAGAACCGGGUACAACACCAGUAAGGGUCAACUCGUGCGCAGCAUCCUGUACCCUGUGCCCGCUGACUUCAAGUUCGACCGCGACUCUUAUAAGUUCAUCAUUAUUCUCGCCUUCUUGGCUGUUCUGGGACUCUCUUAUACUGUGGCUCUGAAGGCGUACCGCUCGAUGACCCCCGGCGACAUAGUGCUGAAGGCGCUGGACAUCGUGACGAUCGUGAUCCCGCCCGCGCUGCCCGCCGCCAUGACGGUGGGGCGGCUGUACGCCGUGGCGCGGCUGCGGGCGGCGCGCGUGGCCUGCCUCAACACCAGGGCGGUCAACGUCAGCGGCUCCUUGGACUGCGUCUGUUUUGAUAAGACAGGCACAUUAACAGAGGACGGCCUGGACAUGUGGGGCGUGGUGGCGUGCAGCGCGGCCGCCUCACGUCCGCGGCUGGGGCGGGCGGUACGCGACCCCCGACACAUGAACGACCUCCACGACCUCAAGAUGGGCAUGGCUACCUGUCACAGCUUGACUUUGCUGGAUGGGGAGUUAGCUGGGGAUCCCUUGGACUUGAAGAUGUUCGAAUCCACAGGAUGGGAGUUGGAAGAGCCUGAUGUACCUGACACCGCCAAGUACGAGAUCCUGACGCCGACCAUCGUCAGGCCGAGGAAGUCUGCCAACAUUAACGUGGACGACAUACAUCUGCCCCUAGAACUAGGUAUCGUCCAACAACACCAAUUCGUAUCGUCCCUGCAACGGAGUUCCGUAGUGGUGCGCAUGCUGGGCGAGGAUGUCCUGCGGGUGUACUGCAAGGGCGCGCCGGAGAUGUUGCGCACUCUAUGUGUACCUCACACUGUGCCCGACAAUCUCAACGAAGUGCUAAGUUCAUACGCGGAGAAAGGUUACCGAGUGAUCGCUCUAGCUACAAGAAUGAUGGAAACCACCUUCAAACAACUACAGAGGAUGACCAGGGAGGAGGUGGAGAAAGACCUGGAGUUUCUCGGGCUGGUGAUCAUGGAGAACCGCCUGAAGGCAGCCACCACAGACAUCAUCAGGGAACUCAAGGAGGCCAACAUACACGUCGUUAUGAUCACAGGUGACAACAUCCACACUGCAGUGAGCGUGGCCAAGGAGUGCGGUAUCCUGGCGCGUGGGGAACGCGUGGUCACCCUCCACGUGGAGAACUCGGGGAAGACGCCCGCCUUGUUCUGCGAGAGUUCUCUGCACGGGGCACCAAUCGGGCGUCGCAUGGCUUUACAAAGAUCCUGGCGAAGUGUAGACAGCGGGCAUGGCUCGUGGCGAGGUUCGGGCUCCGAGAGCGACACUACGGACGCGGAGGCUGCUCACGGUGAGCCGCGGUACAAGGUCGUCAUGACGGGCGAUGCCUGGAAGGUGCUCCGCGAGCAGUACCCGCACAUGGUGGGCCGCGUGGUGGAGCGCGGCGCGGUGUUCGCCCGGAUGACGUCCGACCAGAAGCAGCAGCUCGUGCUGGAGUACCAGGCCUUGGGGUACUACGUCGGUAUGUGUGGCGACGGCGCGAACGACUGUGGAGCCCUGCGCGCGGCGCACACCGGCAUCUCGCUGUCGGAGCUGGAGAGCUCGGUGGCGGCGCCCUUCACGGCGGCGCAGCCCGACAUCGUGUGCGUGGCCAGGGUGCUGCGCGAGGGCCGCGCAGCCCUGUCCACUUCCUUCGGAGUCUUCAAGUUCAUGAUAGCAUAUUCCCUUACGGAAUUUUUCUCCGUAGCCUUUUUGUAUUAUUUCGAUUCGAAUCUAACGGAUUUCCAGUUUUUGUACAUAGAUGUCGCUUUGAUAGUCAAUUUUGCGUUCUUCUUCGGCAUGACCGAAGCGUACACGGGCAAAUUGUGUAAAAUACCACCCCUUACGUCGCUGCUGGGUUUAGUACCCCUCUUUUCUUUGAUAGGGCAAUUGUUUUUGAUCGGUGUCGCCCAGUAUUUGAGUUAUUACGCGCUAACGUUUUUCCCGUGGUACGUGAGGCAUACCUUCGAAGGGGAAGAAGAGAACGAGUGCUGGGAGAAUUACGCAAUUUUCACAGUUUCCAUGUUUCAAUACGUUAUUCUAGCUAUAGUCUUCUCUCAUGGGUCUCCUUACAGAAAAUCAGUAAUUACAAACAAACAACUUAUGAUUAGUAUGUGUAUUAUGACUGCUCUGUGCAUAUACAUUACUGUUGCGCCCGCGCAUUGGGUGUAUACAUUCUUACAAUUAAGAAUGCCGAAUGACGUACUUCUAUCGUAUAUAGUAUUAGCUAUAGCGGCGUUUAAUUUUCUGAUAGCUUUGUUCUUCGAGAGGGUUAUUAUUGAAUAUUUAAUGGAAGGGAAACAAAUGAUACCCAAGUUUUUGAAGGAGAAGAGAGUGAGAAAGACUCCGCAUCUCAUGAUAAAGCGGCAGUUGACGGACAUGGACUAUUUGGAUUGCGAUAGUGUGGUCAAGUUUGAUAAGGAAAGCGGAACUUCUAAUAGCAGUCUAGGCAAUAGCUGAAUAUUACAAUAAGUUUUUAGUACUUUAUAAAAUCAUUUAAUUGCGAUACCGUUCCUGAUAUGUCAUAAAAAGACUUUUGUUCCAUAAAUGUAACUAUAUAUUAUUUUUUAACACUGCUGUUUUUUUUGACAAAUAAUUGUUUAUGAUAUACGGUUUACUUGCGUAACACAAUAAAAAAUGACGGACCUUAAAAUUUAUAGAAAUUAAUACAAAUUAUUAUUUCCUUAAAAAUUUAUGUUUUGAUCCAAAGAUGAUGUGAUGUUUGUAUUGCUAUUAUAGCACUAAAUUAGGUAGGUAUAAUCACUAGAACUUAUGUACUAACUUUUUAAUAAGUAUUAUUUUGUACCUUUUACUAGUAGGUACUAGGGUUUUACAAUUAUAAGAUAUAUCAUAUCUUAAAGACGCGCAUUUUAUAUAUGUUGACAUUUAUAUGGAUAUUUUAAAUGAAUUUAAAAUUAAAUAUAUUGUAUCUUUACUUGAUUAAGUUUUAUAUUUUUUAAAACAUUCUUAUGUAUUUGUACCGUACAUUUUUAAUAAUAGUUACCAAUUAAUGUUUAAUUAUUUUCAAAAGUAUUGUUUGUAUUAUGAAUUUAUGGAUGCUUUCAGCAACGUAAUGAAACUUAUUUUGGGGAUUUUAAUAAUAACAUAUUAUGAAAAACAAAUACACUUUCUACUUGUAAGGCAAGAAGUUAUUGCACAACUAACCACUUAUCAGUCUUGAUUUAUUGGCCAAUUUCGGUGUAGUAGGUAUUAAUAAAGUCAUUGGCAUUUGAAUUUACACAGUAAUUUUUUUUAUGAAAAUGAUGUAUCGGUAUUGUCUGUGGUAUGAUUUUAUUUAUGCUGAAGCGAGUUUAAGUUGAUUUAUUUGAAACUGUAAGCACAUUGUGAUAACGAUAUGUUAAACACCUAUACGCACCAAGUGCCUUAGUAUUAAAUAGGUUAGGAAUAUUAACAUUCCGACUGUGAGUAGUUAAAUUUGUAGAUGAUAUUUCAGUACUUUUAAGAACCAGAUUUUAAUCUUGCUUAGAGUUAGAAGUCUUUCUCUUAUCGAGGCAUUUUGUAGUUGGCGCGAUUUGUGAGCCAGCUUUGAAACUUAAUGUUUUGAUGUUUGAACAUUUAAGUGAAAAUUAUAUAAUAUAGUAUUGAUCUAUAUGUUUAUGAUUCUUAACUAGAACUUAAGAGGUUAUCGUCGGUCCAAGCUUCGCUAUAUUUCCUGGCGGAAUAACAAAUAUGCACAAAUCACGCCUGUACUAGGAUUAACAAAAAGUUUAUCAAUAAUCUAAGCUGGAUUAAGGGAUGAUUCUCAUUAAAAUGGGCCGUGUACUGUCGCCGAGAAACAAAGAAACAUAUAUAGCCUGGAAAAGAGGCGUGAUUCUAGGUAAGUAUGUUUUAUUUAUACAAACGAAAAUUCAGCAAGGUCGUGCCCACUCUAAUGAUAAUCAUACCUUUUGCACCUCAGGGCUUCUGUUCUUCUUACUUUGCAGAUUUUAUAUUUAGUGAACAGUAUUCAUAAUAUAGGUGUUGUGUUCUUGCUUCCUGAUUACAAGGUGCGAUUGAUUUAGUAUACAUUGUAAGUUAGUAGAUAUUGUGCAUGUAAGAUGAGUUUGGUUGACUUGUCGUGAUGUUUAUUAAAUAUUUUGUUACGAAACUCCUGAAGAAGUUGUAAGGAAAAGAAAUAUGUAUCAAUUUGUUUGUCUUACCGGCUACUGCAUUAACCAAUUUCUGUGUAGUGUUAAAACAAUUAAGAGAGUAAGUAUAUUAAUUUAUUUGCCCAUAAGUCAAGAAUACGUGUACAAAGUAUUUUACAAAUAUUUCUAUUAAUAUAAUGGUGCUCUAUAUUUUACAUGGUAACUGUGAGACCUCGAAUAGUUUUGGUGCUUAUGAAAAAAAAAACAGUUUUACCAAAAAGAUGAUUACAUUUUUCAUAUACUAUUAAAAAAAAAUUAACAUAGAUUAUUACUAAUCAGUGUUAGUAAGAGUAUUUUGUUACUUUGUGUGCGAUGUUUGUCCUCAGAAAAUGAUUUUGUCAUUAAGACUAAAAUUGCACAAACUAUGCGAUUUAAAUAGGUAAUUUUUUAUACUUAAUUAUUACGUUACGUAUAGCCAUAUAAAAUGCAAUUAGCAAAUAAGUAAAAUAUUUUUCAGUGCCUUUUAGAUUGUGUAAUUAUUGUAGAGAAUACACAAUAUAAUUAAUAUUCACAAUAUUGUUUUG